UCAGCCAGCCCCUCCCUCUCCAGGAGCCCCCCCCCCUCCGGUCAUGUGGUCACUCUGCUGGGUGGGUGUCCAUAUAAGCCCCCUGUGAGGCGAACCCGGACUGAAGGAAGGAAGGAAAGAAGGGAGCCAGCAUCUGCCUCUUGCGCCUCCAGGGUUUCUUCUCCAACCAGGACCAUCAUGCUCCCGAUGACAACACUGCUGCUGUUGCUGUUGUGGCCUUUGUCCACUCCGUUGGGCCUGGCCUCAUCCUCAUCCUCAUCCUCCCUGGAAGAGGAAGAAGCCCAUCCAGGUCUGGACCUUCUGCCACUGAGAGAAGAAGAAGAAGAGGAGGAAGUGGGCCACGGAGCAGGCGCCUUCCUCAUGGGACCUCCCCAGGUGCCUCCUCCUCCUCCUCCUCCCCGGUUCCUCCUCCCGCGGGAGUCCCGCUCCCCGCCGCUGGCUCCGCUCCUGCUCCCGGCCCGGCGCUGCGUGCGCGUCCAGGAGUCGUGCAUGGGCCGCCGCCUGCCCUGCUGCGACCCCUGCGCCGCCUGCUACUGCCGCUUAUUCCAGUCCAACUGCUUCUGCCGCCGCUUCGGGACCCGCGCAGUGGGCGAGGCCUCCUUACCCUGUGGGCGGGACUAGCGACUAAGCCCCGCCCCUCCUCCCUCCCUCCGGCUGUAAACAAAGCGCCUUCUCUCGCAAACCAGCUGCUUCCGGGUGGUUUUGUGCGCCGCCCCCUCAAGGGCAGGGAGGA